CUUAUCUCCACUCACCUCGGUUCACGCUCCCUCCAUUCGGAUCCUCUCGUUUCCCCCAAACCCUCGCUUCGGUGUGUACCGGAGAUCCGACCAUGGCGGCGUCGAUCGGCUUCCUCCCCGCAUUCACCAUCGGCGACGGGGCGUCUGUCGCCGCGCUCCCCCGCCGGGCUGUGCUUCUCCCCAGCUUCGCGCCGCCAAGAAGGUGGGCGGUCGCCGCGGAUUCGCGCGCGGCCGUGGAGGCGGCACCGGAUGCGACGGGGAAGCGGCGACCGAGGGGCAUCACCAAGCCCAGGCCAGUGUCCCCCGAGCUCCAGGCGGUGGUGGGCGAGGCGGAGAUCCCGCGGACGCAAGCCCUCAAGAAGAUAUGGGCUUACAUCAAGGAGAACAAUCUUCAGGAUCCAGAAAACAAGCGGAUAGUAGUGUGCGAUGAGAAGCUAAAGAAGGUGUUUGGAGGAAGGGAUCGUGUUGGUUUCUUGGAGAUCUCAGGACUGCUUAAUCCUCACUUUGCAAAGUGAAAUCUUCUGUGGGCAUGAACAUCUCCAUAUUUAACAAUAUGUUAUAAUCUUGACAUCGCGAUGCUGUGCUGCUUAGCAUCAGCUUCUUGAUUGAUCUAGAAAAGACAGCUUAAUGUUUUGCCCUUUAUCUGCUAUAGAUUUGUAGACACGAACUUGUAGUGGUUGAACUAUUUGUCUCU